AUGGAGCCCGUUCCGAAAAGUGGGUUUGACCCAAGUUUCAACAAAGAAACUACCGCCACGCCUUGCCAGGCACAUCGAGCGCUUAAACCUCGCGACACCCACCACUCGGGCUUCAACCCCAUCAUACGCUCGUGGGGCUUUUUGGAGAAGCAGCCUAACCACAAGAAGGAGAAGAAGUACUGGGAGAGCUAUGGAUUCAGGAUGAUUGAUUACUCGAAAGUCGAGGACUCCGGUGCGCCCGGGGUGCCCGGAGAGCUUGAGAUCUUGUUGAACAACCUCCUAGGGGUCUGCUCGUCUCGGGAGCAGCUGGCUCAUCUGCUGUGCGGCAUGGGUAAUGAACCGGGACUCAGAGGCUUCGCACUCACGGUGGAUACAGUGAUGAAAAUGUCAGCGCUGUAUACUCGUAUUGACUCGGGGGUGCCGACAGUGCUGAUGGGGGAGUCCGGCUGCGGCAAGAGUGCCGUCGUGCGGUAUUUGGCCAAGUUCCUUGGGAUUGCUGAUUUCGUUCUGGAUGUGCACGGUGGCCUCACAGAGGACGACAUUGUUAAGUUUGUCUCAGAUGCUGUUUUUCUGGCUAAUAGUGACAACAAAUGGAAGGUCUGGGUGUUUUUGGAUGAGAUCAACACUGCUAGCUGCGUCGGCCUCUUUCGCGAGCUCGUUUGUGACAAGUCCAUGCGCGGCAGCGCGCUGCCUUCGAAUCUGAGAGUGUUCGCAGCAUGCAACCCCUACCGCAAGAAAUCCAAGUGCCACGAAACUGGUGGUCUUGAGUUGGCGCCCAUCUCAGACAAGCUUUCAUGCCCGCUGCCGAUUGCAGAUCUCGUUUAUGCGGUCUAUCCUUUGCCACAGUCCCUGAUCAUGUCUGUCUGGGACUUUGGCAUGCUAAGCAAGACAGAAGAGAAGCGCUACGUUCAAGCGAUCAUCAAGGCUCUACCCUUCGAUUCGGUGGAGGAACGCCCAAUGCACUGUUGCAUGGUGUGCGUGGUGCUUGCCUGCCACAAUUUCCUUCGCAGGAAGAAUGACAUUGCAGCAGUUUCGUUGAGGGACGUGCGCAGAGUUGCCAACUUGGUUCCUUACUACCUACGAAAGCUAGAGCAUCAAGACGAUAUACGCUCGCCAGAGGAGCAAGAGCACAAGCAAGCGCUUCUGCUUAAAGCCUUCUACGUGGCCAUUUGUCUUUGCUACUGGUUUCGGCUGAAGUCAGAGCAUCGGACGGCUUUGCUGCAAGAGAUUGAGACUAGGUAG